AUGAUUAAACGUGGUCUCGCUACAGCUACAAAAGGUCAAUUUACCGUUUUCGAUCGUGCCGCCAAGCUAUCACAAAGGAACAGGGCAGCUUUGCAUCCUGAGAUUUCCAGAAAGGCUGAUUAUCUCAGGGAUGAGGUCUCUCUCAGGACGGUGGAGAGACUAGGGUUCAUUCUCAGGGAGUUCCCCCGUGUGCUUGAUUUUGGUUGCCAUUCUGGUAACUUUUUGAAGAGCUUAUGUAAGAAGCUGGAGGUUCCACCUGGCGGCGAUCAUGCUGAUGUGGAAAUGACUAAGCAACUCAACGAGGACAAGGUCAAGAUCAAAAGCAAGAUUCAAGAGUUGGUGAUGUUGGACUCAUCAGAAAGCAUGCUCUUCAGAGAUGUGAAUGAAGAUUACCUAAAAGAGUUUCCUGGCAAGGUCCAACGGAUUGUGGCUGAUGAAGAAAGCUUUGACCAUGAGGUUCUCCAGCCCGAGCUGUUUGACGCAGUGAUUUCAAACCUUUCUCUUCAUUGGAUCAAUGAUUUGCCACAGAUUUUGAAAAAUAUCAAUACGGUCUUGAACCCCGAUGGAAUGUUCAUGGGCACUUUAUUUGGAGGAGACACACUUUACGAGCUUCGGACAUCAUUGCAGCUUGCCGAGCUAGAAAGAAGAGGUGGCAUGUCCCAAGAAUGUCGCCCUUGGUGCAUUUGA